GUUUGUCUCCAGGAGUCUAGCCGGUGCUGAGCAGAGGCCUUCCAGUUCCGUGUUUGUCCCUCGUGGUUUCAAAGAGCAAGAAGCAGGAGUCCAGGGAAAGAGCUGGGGUGUGUGGCCCAGUACGAGCACCUCGCCCCAUCUUCCUGGACCUCCCCCGACCCGCCUCUCCAGGAUGCAGCCUGAGAUGGAGCCUUUCGUCUCCCCCAACGUGGGUACGCACAGGGAGACAGGAUCCCUCGUUGUUGAUCUUGAGUCUAUGGAGGAGUCCAUGUCUCGGAGCCUGGGCAGGCCUGCCAAAUCCUCGAAGCAGUACCUGCGGCAGGUCAUCUCUGAGUAUGAGGCGCUGGACCGGGAGCUCCCAUGUAUCCGAAAGUUCUCAGAACCGCCCUCUGCCCAGCCCCUCUGCCUUUGCAUGGAGACUUCGGAGGAUUUCACGCACCUGGAGGUGCUGCAGGCUCUGGAGGCCGAGCUGCCCGGGGCCAUGGAAAGCGGGCGCGUGAGCAGCAUCCGCUAUGAGAAUAUGAAUGUCAUCUGCGGUACCGCGGGCCGCAGGGACAGGUGGCUCAUCACCGUCACAGACUUCCAGACGCGCUCACGCCUGCUGCGCUCCGGGCUCAGUCUCCGUGGAACCGCGUACCCACUGGUGCGCCAUGACGAUCUACUGCUGGGGGACUACCGUUUGCACCUGCGCCGCUCCCUGGUCCGACGGCGCAUGCUCGAAGCCCUCGGUGCGGAGCCUUCCGACGAAGAUUGACGCACAGCGGGGGCGGGUCCCAGCUGCGCCCCGCCCCCAGACCCGGCGAAACGAGAAGGCGUGGCCUCCCUAGGAAGGAGGCGGGGCUGGCUCGAGGGGGUGGAUACUGUGAGUUUAAUUAUAAAGAAUGACCUGAUACAAAA